GAUGAUUUUCCCUUUCUUUUUUAAAAAAAAAUUCACCUUUAAAUAAUGAUAAUAAUAAGUACAUAAAUAGUUUGGUUGUUAGCCGUUAUAAUAAAUAAAAGUGGAAAUUUAUCCUUUUUUUGAUAAAACAUUAUAAUUAUGCGGAUAAUAAUAUAAAAAACCAUUUUGUAAAAAAAUAAUAAUAAUAUAUAUUUCAGUUUUUAUAACUCCGGAAUUUUUUUUCCACUAAUGAAAUAAUAAAGUUCCUUUUUUGUUUAUGAUGAAAGAGAAAAAGUAACGUCCUAUCGUUAUUACCGUUAUUGAGAAAAUAAAAAAUUAAUAAUCAACAAUCAAAAAAAUUAAAUUUUCAACCAUAUACCUAUAUAUACCUAUAUAUAUUUUUUAUUUUUUUUUUUAAAAAAAACCAACAUAAUGGAAACACUUUGCAAUGAAUUGAAAGUCGAAAUCUUCCGAUAUGUAUUAACACCAAUUGCCCUAGUUCUUCUUAAUCGUAACUGGUACUCUACUUCCCAAGACCCCCACGCUCGAGCAGAAUGGAUUAUUUACAAAUAUGGUAGAGCUCAUGCUCUCUUUCACGCCAUCAGACUAGGGAAUCAUUUCGUGACAGUAGAAGUUGUGCAAAUUUUACUAGCUAAAAAGGCGAUAAUUUCAAGAUAUUUUAUGCAACGAUUAAUGAUCCAAUUCGGUACCUACGAUCCGAAGUUGAUUGAGAUGAGGUCGAGGUAUAAUAUCAACACAGAUAUACCAAAAGAAAAACCGUGGGCAAGCGAACUACCGUUGCCAAUAUUCAUAAAAUUACUCGCGGAGGCAUCUAAUGAGCUAGAUGAUAUCGCUAUCAGAGGGAACGAUUUAGAAUUGUUUCAUUAUUUGACGGCCGGAGCUCUCACAAUAAACCAAGCGCCAGCCGUCCUUUUAGAAAAUCUCAAAAAUAUUGAAGAUUUAAUUUUAAAUAAAAAAUUUAUACCCUUCCCACCUCGACCAAAAGACACCCCAGCAUACAAAUCACCAUCCGGAGGUGCAACUGAGAAUUAUCCAUCAAGAGAUGGUUAUGAGAACAACCGUCAAGUAAAUUUAAUAUCAAGGGCGAUUUUAAUCCACCCGGAUCUAGUUAUAUUGUGGAAAAAAAUAGGAUAUAAUGAAAUCUGUAGUGAUUUUAAUGAACUAGUCGUAGAGGGCACCUUGCUCGUGUGUUUCCCCCCAAGUCCACCGAAUAAUUGGGUAUGCCCAAGUACUGAAAUUAUAAUUGAAAAAUUACAGAAAUUAUUUAAACUCGGGUUUCGACUAACCGAUAAAAUUAUAGAAGACUCCAUUAAAUUGUUCGAAUCACGAAUAAACGUUGUAGGGGAGUCUUUAUUAAAUUCGUUUAAUAAACUUCAAGGAGAUUCAACACCGCCAAUAGUUGAAUCAACAUUAAUUGAAAUUAGGAAACCAGUAAAAAAGACCAGGAAAAGGCAGCGAAGAACAUAAGAAAAUUAUUAUUUUUUUUUUAUUAUUUUGUUUAUUUUGUUAUCUUUAUUUUUUAAGAUUAUUUUAUAUUAUUAAAUUGUUUAUAUGUAAAAAUAUUAAAAUUUUUAGAGUAAAUAAAAAAAUUUUUUAAGCGUUAUUCAUAC